AUGGAUUACCCGAGAACUUGCACUUUCACUGAAGUUUUGACAUCAGAAGGUAAUUAUAUUUUUAUUUGCGGUUUGAUGUCACACCUUUGCAGAGAUUGUGGAAACUGUUAGAUGUGUGCUGGAGGAAUUAAUUAAUAAUGUCUGUGGAAUGUUGCAAACAACGGAAAGCAUUCUACCAGAGAACGACAAAAUUGAUCCGGUUUGGGAAAAUCAUUAUUCAUAUAUUUUCUACCUUUUUUUUUUAAAGAAUUCUUGUAUGGAUGUGACGGCGACGUCCUCCAGUGAGGAGGGAACGCGUUUGAAUCGAGUUCAACGUGGAAUAGGCAUAGCUUCGUUUCUGCAGAAUGUUAGUGCUAUUUUUUCUCUGAGGUACAAUAAAUCUUGAUAGCUCAGAACUGCCGGAAAUUUGGAACACGUGGGCUGCACGAAGAGACCGAAGUUGGAAGUAACAGAAGACGGUGUUGUUCCGGAUAAACCAAAGGAAACUACGCUGAACCGCAAGCAACGCAGAGCAUUACAGUUUCAGGUAUGAUAAAAUUUCACGAAUUCCUAGCGAUGGAAGCGAAGUCAAACGCGAAUCUUUUUUAACGCUUCAGUACCGCUCAAGCGGCUCCUCAGUCGAAGAGACAAGGUUCUAUCAUGAAAUCACUGAACUGGUAAUAGGGACAUACCCGUCCCUGGCUAAGGAUCAUGAAGCCAUGGGUUGGCACCACCAAAUUUCUCAAGUACCUAGGUUGAGUCGCGGCGGGGAUCGAACUUAUGACCUUGUGGAUCUUAGAAAGGCACUAACCGUAGCCGGGCUUUCAGCAGCAGCAACAAGAACAGCAACAGAAGGCUGUCGCCUUGUCGAUCAAUGAGAAAGAGGCCCGUUCUGUGCAGCCACCGUCUAUUCCAACGCCUCCUCCAGAAUUCAAGAUUUUGAAAGUGUAGGAACUGUUGGAACAUUUGUUUCUACGGUGGGAUUCCAGAGACGAGGCGAGUUUUCAAGGCUAUCGGGCUUCUUUUGGCUACGGCGCUUCGAACGAAAACAACUACGUGCACGCUGUCUCGUGCUCGCCUUGCGGAUCUUUUGCCGUCUCCACCUCUCAAGAUCGUCUGGCGAGGUGCUAUGAUCUUCGUAUAGAAGACAAGGUAUGUUCUCCCCACUUUAUGCACUAAUGGAAUGUUUCGACUAUAAUUAUGCUAAAACAAAAAGAAAAUGUUAUAAUCAUAUACAAAAAUCUAAAUUUCAAAUUAUUGUAUUUGCUAGCAAGUUGAUGAAGUCCUCUUUGGAGAUUAUGUUAGCUUCUAACCAGGGAGAUUGCAGGCUAUGAAUGGAUUAGAACAUUACAAUUCACCGAUUCCUUCCUGGAGUUAAAAGCUAAAAAUCGUUAAAAAGCAGAGGUUCAUAAACUAUUACCACGUUUUCGUGACAAGCUAUCUAUAAAAACAAUACUUGGCCUUUUGUUUUGAACUUUUCAACUCCCAUAAAUUGAAGCUGGAGCUGUCGAGCAAGAACGGCCUGGGCGACUUGAUCUACGACGUCCAGUGGAGACCGACUCUCGAAGCGGAAGAGGCGAUGUUCGCGUCUACAUCUCGCCUUCAUCCCAUACACAUGUGGCGGCCGAACGGCGAACGCGUCGCCACUUUCCGCGGCAUUGACAACGUCGUUAGUUCUCCUCCAAAUUGCCUUCGUACUUUGGGCUUUCGCAGGAUCAAGUUGAAGCCGCCACGAGCUUAGGAUUCGUGGGUGCCGACCGUCUCUACGGAGGCUUCCGCGGCAAGCUGCGCUAUUGGGACGUUGAGCGCAGUGGCAAGCACAUCGGCGAGUACUCGACUUUUAGCGGUGAGUCAUCUUUUUUAUGUUCCAAGAGACGCGCAACAACGAAACGAAAACGUCGACGGGUUUUUCUUUCUGCUCAAAAUAGGCCGGCUAUGGCCUUCAAUUUUGAGGAAAAGUCUGCGCGGGCUUGGGCCCAAAAGUAAGGUAAAGAGAAGUUUUUGCAAGAUCAGAAAAUAAAGGAAUUGGAAAGCGUGGUAUCUGUUGCCUUUGACCCUACUCUCCUUUUAAAGACAACGGAGGAAUGCGUGGACGUGUGAUGAGUCUCGCAGCGCAUCCCUUCCAGGAAGGAAUGUUCGUCGCCGUCGGCUGCAGUUCUUUGAGUGAGCCUUUUCGCGAGGCCGAGUCUCAUCCUCAGUUGCAGUCGGCGUCUACUCCGAACGCUGGAAAUGCGCCGCCUGGACUUUCGAGAGUCCUGCCAGAGCUCAAACUUUCGCCAAGUACUCCUCCGACGGAAACUACAUUUAUGUAUCAGCUCGAAAAGUUUUCGCCCACUCGAAUCCUCGCUAAUAGGAAAACUCAGGGGAACAUUUUCUGCUUUGACGUUAGAACUUGCUCUGUUGUGAAGACUUUGAGAAGAACCAUGCAAACCGACCACCGAACCCGUUUCGACAUUGACCAGUAGGUCGUUUUCACUUUUAAUUGUCUAUUUCGAAAUUUUAAAGACACCAAGUAGAAGAGAGAAGGAAAAAGGAUAUAGCAUAUAUUCGAAUAGAAAAUUUCGAUAGUUUUUGCUUUACAAAACAGCGUCUGUCAGGCUUUUUCCUUUUCAAUGUUUACGGGAAAAACACCGAUUUUUUAGUCAGAAGACCUCUCCCCUCAUUAUCUAUUUUGAAAAGUUUAGCAUCAAGACAUAUUUCAAAUAUUUUUAACUAGAGGACGUUUUUUACCCACCGGUUGAACUUUUGAUGAAACUUUGCUGAGGUGUACUUUAGGACCUCCGGUUUUAAAAAAAUUUUCCCGCAAUAGAUCUGAACUUUGAGUUAAGCCGCUUCAAACGCUCGUUUGAAAUUUGUCAUAAUUUGCGUAUUUUGCAAACUUUGAAACUUCAUAAAUCGAAAAAAAGAGCUCUCGACAGAAAAAGAAAUUUUUGAAUUUGCAUUUCUAUAUUUCCAAAUGGAAACAAUUUACCCAUGCCACCCUGAACAGAAAAUAAUUUUUAAGCGAGAGAAAUUACUUGUACUCGGGAACUUCUGACGGAAACGUCGUGGCCUUCGACCUUUCCUGUCCCCAACCGGAGAUCGAGCCCACUGUUUCUAUAAAAAUCGCGGAUACGUGUGUUCCAGCAGUCAGGUUCGUUCAUCAAGGUUUCUCCCGGUCAUUCUUGUGCUCAGUCUGUGCCCGAAAACGAGGAGAUUAGUUGCGUGUAGCGGUCAAAGAACGUUUGACGGAGGUUUUGUGGACAGCGACGAUGAGGAAAACAAUUCGUGCAUAGGAACUGGUCUGCCUAAAAACUCCGUUCAGUUGUUAUCUUUUCAGUACAUUCAAUGA